GCGCCAUUUUUUCAAUGCAAGACUCGGCCUGCAUAAAUUAUGUUCAUGACGUAGUGCAAAAGAGCAAAUUUGUGUUAAUUUUUCGCCACUUUUCUGCAGAUAAGGGUUUACCUUGGCUAUUAAGGUGCACUUGCUUCACCAGCACGACAGAUAACGGAGAGACGUCAUUAAAUAUUUAGUUAAAAAGAGGACCAGCGCUUUCUCGAGCCUCCUUAUCAAUGCAAAUAGCUCUUUUGUGUGCAUUCGUAGCGCGCGUCGGAAGCUGUGAGAUGAAUUUUUAAUUAUGCAUGUUUGAAACAAACUGUGGCAAAGCUCGCCGAAGGAGGAGAAAUAAAGAAAAUAUCCCACCUUUCAGCGGGUGUACUGUGGAGCUGGUAACAUCCCCUUCACCCACUAUGCAGAAUCAGUGAUCUCCUCAGAGCUUAGACUUCAUCAUGGACACUGAAGAUCUCCCUGCAAACAAUGCGGCACUCACCGUCAAUGAACAGCUUUUAGGUUCCUGCACUUUGAAAUUCCCAGCACAAGACAACCAGGUCAUUGUCAUGUCAGGACAGGAGACCAUCCGUGUGCUGGAAGUGGAGGUGGAUACAGCCUUGUCCUCUUCAGGGGCUGAUGGGAAGGUGGAGUCAGGGGGCGAGGAGGCUGCUGUUCAGACCCUGGAUGUAGCUGAGGAGGCUCUAUUGGACAGUCCAGUAACCACAAGCACUACCACAGCUGUGACUGUGGAGGUCUCAGAACCUGCAGUACAGACCGAGGUCUCCAAAGCCCCCAUCAGUGUGCCUCUGGCCCAGCCACAGACCAGCGUGCCCAUCACUGUCCAGGCCUGCCCACAGGUCCUGACUCAGGAUGGUUUGGCCUCUCUGAUGACUGGCAUGCUUGCCCAGCAGGGUUCUCUGGGUCAGCCCCUGCUCAUACCUCUGAGUAUGGCUGGAUCUGUGGGGGGUCAGGGGGGUCUGGCAGUGCUCACCUUACCCACCGCCACUGUCGCCACCCUCCCUGGUCUCGCUGCAGCCAGCCCUGCUGGAGGACUGCUGAAGCUGCCAUUUGCAGGACUGCAAGCUGCUACUGUGUUGAACUCUGUCCAGACGCAGCUGCAGUCACCUGCGCAGGCAGUCCUGCAGCCCCAGGUGUCUGCUCUGCAGCCUGUGCAGACCGCACCAGCCACCACUGCAUCUGUUGUUCAGAAGGUGUCAGAGCCCAGUGCCUCGGUCGCCACACUUCAGACUGCAGGCCUGUCCAUCAGCCCUGCUAUUAUUAGUGCAGCUUCUCUGGGAGCUCAGCCUCAGUUCAUCAGCUCUCUCACUACAACUCCCAUCAUCACCAGUGCCAUGUCUAAUGUUGCAGGACUCACAGGUCAACUCAUUACCAAUGCACAGGGCCAGGUAAUUGGAACACUUCCCCUGCUGGUCAACCCUGCAUCACUGGCUGGAGCUGCUCAAGGCCUGCAGCUCCAGACUGUGUCCCCACAGCUGCUCCUCAAUGCCCAGGGCCAGAUCAUUGCUACAAUAGGAAACGGUCCAACAGCUGCUGUCCCGUCUGCCGCCUCUGUCCUCCCCAAAGCCUCUGUGCCCCUGACACUCACCAAGACCAGCACACCGGGUCCUGUCGGGAAAGUGGCUCCAUCUAAAGUCAUUAUUGCUCCCCAGCCGCAAAUGGUUAAAUCAGUCACAUCCCUCACCGGUGCCAUCGCCUGUGGAGACAUGCCUACGGUGGGGCAGCUUGUCAGCAAACCACAGUCUGCUGUGAAUGAAGAAGAGGCCAUUAAUCUGGAGGAGAUCCGAGAGUUUGCCAAGAAUUUUAAGAUUCGAAGGCUCUCCCUGGGGCUGACACAGACUCAAGUGGGCCAGGCUCUCACCGCUACGGAGGGUCCCGCCUACAGUCAGUCAGCCAUCUGCAGAUUUGAGAAGCUUGACAUCACUCCUAAAAGUGCCCAGAAGUUGAAACCCGUGCUGGAGCGCUGGCUGGCAGAGGCUGAGCUCUAUAAUCAGAAAGGUCAGCAGAACUUGAUAGAGUUUGUGGGCGGAGAGCCCUCCAAGAAGCGCAAGCGGAGAACCAGCUUCACACCGCAGGCCAUCGAGGUCCUCAACACUUACUUUGAGAAAAACUCCCUUCCCACUGGCCAGGAGAUUACAGAGAUCGCCAAGGAGCUGAAUUACGACCGAGAGGUGGUUCGGGUCUGGUUUUGUAACCGUCGACAGACUCUGAAAAACACUAGCAAGAUCAACGUGUUUCAGGUCUAGUAGGGCUAUGGUACGUCUCUUAAGAGUGCAGCAGAAAAACUUCUUGGACGUUGACGUAUUGGUGCUAGUUGCAAAACGACUGACUUGCUGUUGUGAUGAAGCCAGCGGCACUCAAAUUGUGUACGGUCCUAGAAUAGUACCACACAUACUCUUUCUGUUGGUUUUUUUGUUUCCGUUAUGCUGCAUGCAAGUGUGACUUUUUGCCGUGCCACCACAAUUUCCAAUCCUAAAAAUGGUUUCUGAGCUAUUUAAAAUAUGGAAGAAGCUAUGAAAUCCUGUAGUUGCUCUUUUUAUGGAUGAAAAGAAGCACUUCAUUAACACAAAAAAGAAAAUCUCUAAAAUAUUCUCCUUCAUUUAGUGUUGUUUUUUUGCACAACUAAAGUUGACCGUUAAAAAUUGCUUUUUGCUGUAGCAAUAACAGCUAUGGCUUUUUACUACAUAUAGUACAUCUAGAAGGUUUUUUAAUCAUUUUUUAGUUUAGUUUCCAUGAGUGAAGUGGUUCCCCGUCUUUGUGCUUAAAUAACCUACUGUAGAUGUGUUUUGGUCAAUGGACAAUCAUAGUACUCUGAAUCAGAAAGCAUGCCCUGCUUUUACGUGGCUAAAUCCAAUUAAUCCAUUUCAACUGUCAUCGUAAUUUCAUAUUCAGAAACGUCUGUCUGUUGAUUCGAAUAGGAAACUGUAACUGUAUCAGAGAUUAUGAUGACUGAUGUAGAAUAUGUCCUUUGGAUUUUACUGUUACUGUUUUUGCCAUAAUCAGUCUAGCAAAGCAGAUCUUAAUAUCAGGAGAUGCUAUUGAAGAGACUUGCAUCUAUAUCUAUAUGGGGCACUUAAGAAACAUAUGCUGAACGUUUGUUUUAAUGUUGAUCGAUGAGCCGUCAAACAAGUGUUAAAGGAUAUUACUAAUAUAAAGGCAGUUCUUCAUUUAUGAAUUUGGAUUGUGCUCUCGUUUGUAUUCUGUCGCAGCAAUAUUCACAGGUCAUAUGAACAUUUCCCCAUUUAGUAAAACAGUCCAGGCAGAAGUGUGUUGUAACAUGUUUCACAUGUUUGUUCUAAGCAUAAAGCUAUAUUGUUCUUAUGGACUUUCAGUAUUUAUCUAAUGGAUUAUCUUGAUUGGUACAAUACCAUACAUUUACAUUUUAAUGUUGUGAAGAAGGAACGAUAUUAGACAUAGUGUUUUAACUAAUGGUAUACGUAGACUAAACAUGAAAAAGCAGCAUCUGUUCAACAGUUUAAUCUGCACAGAGCUUAUCGAUUUUAAAAUGGGGCAUAAAUGCAUUUACAGAAUAUAAACCGUUGUAUGGUACUCCAUUAACUAUAUUUAUUUUGUAUCAAUUGUAAUGUUUGGUAUUACCUUGUUAUUUGAAUAAAUUAACACUAAACAGAC